CGAGCUAACACUCGGGGCUUUGUCGCCUCCAGGCCGCCGGCAUCAUGCACGCGCCGGGAUCUGCGGGCCCGGGCGACGCGCGCGCGGUUGCUAUCAUGGGCAUCUGUGAGUCGAUCCUGGAGCGGAAGCGGCACGACAGCGAGAGGUCCACAUGCAGCAUCUUGGAGCAGACAGACAUUGAAGCUGUCGAGGCUCUUGUUUGCAUGAGCUCCUGGGGCCAGAGAGUCCAGAAAGGUGACCUGUUAAAGAUGAGACCCCUCACACCUAUCUCCGACUCUGGGGAUGUCAGCAACAGCGUGCUGAUGGAUGCCACUGUACCUGAGCUGCCAAAGGACUUCCACUCUUUUUCAACUCUGUGCAUAACUCCUCCGCAGAGCCCGGAGCUCAUGGAGCCAUCCACAGGGACGCCUGCACCCACCCAAGUAACGGAUUCCAAAGCGCCCUCCGCGGCGGGGAUGUCGGUGCUCAGCGGGAGCGAGGAAAAGGGCUCCCUGGAGCCUGCCCCCAGCCUGCUGUGCAGGGCUAUGGCCACGAGCGUGACCCGUCACACUGGGCUGAGUCCUGUCCCGGCCUGCUUUCCCUCCACCCAGGCUCACGAGCAGCAGCCAGCCACGGGCAGAGAAGGAGCGGCGCGGUCUGCGGGACGCGCUGGGCAUCCUGAGGCUUUGGCGGAUGCACACCCGGCAGCAGAUGUCCUCACCACUAACUUCCUUUCCUGUCAGCCUCACUUGCACUCAUUGGAAGGUCUGCUGCCCGCCUCCCAAGGCCAGCAGGCCAGGUGGCCCACGGCAGCGCAGGCCUGCUCACCAAAGAAAGUUGAAAAUGACUUGCCAAGGAAAAGCACCCCUGUGGUUUCCAUCCCUGUCGCCAGCCCCCCUGUCCUUUGCCAAAUGAUCCCCAUGUCCGGACCGAGCACCGUGCUGUCAGCUGUCCUGAAGCCCCCCCUCCUGCCAUCCUCGGGGACUGUCAAGCCCAUCCUACCCCAGGCCACGCCGGCGCCUCCGCAGGUGCUCGUGGGCCCGCCUGUGCCUCAGGGAAGUGUGAUGCUGGUGCUGCCACAGGGCACCUUUCCCCAGCCUGCCGCCUGCCCGUCCAGCGUCGUGGCUAUUGGCAACACCAAGUUGCUGCCCCUGGCCCCUGCCCCGGUGUUCAUUGCCUCUAGCCCAAACUGUGCCCCUCAGGUAGACUUUUCCCGAAGGAGGAACUACGUCUGCAGCUUUCCCGGCUGCCGGAAGACCUACUUCAAAAGCUCCCACCUCAAGGCCCAUCUUCGCACACACACGGGAGAGAAGCCCUUCACCUGCAGCUGGGACGGCUGCGACAAAAAGUUUGCGCGCUCAGAUGAGCUGUCCCGCCACCGCAGAACGCACACGGGGGAGAAGAAGUUCGUGUGCCCCGUCUGCGACCGGCGCUUCAUGCGCAGCGACCACCUGACCAAGCACACCCGGCGCCACAUGACCACCAAGAAGAUCCCGGGCUGGCAGGCGGAGGUGGGCAAGCUGAGCAGGAUUGCCUCUGCAGAGGGCCCCGGCAGCCCCCCGCCGCCCUUGCCAGCCUCCGCCUGAGAGGCAGCACCGGACCCACCGCCGGCCGGCGCAGGGACUGCGCUGGCUUGCUUUUCUGGCCAGGGCCUGUGUCUUUUGUGGUUUCAGAAGGGUUUUGUUUGGUUUUGUGUUUUAGAGGAAAUGGAAGAAAAUUUGACCGUCUGAAUCACCAGCACUCAAGCAAACAUUUCGGCAAUAAAGUUUACAAAUUCUGGAUUAUUCGCAACCUUUCUAUUCAUGUUUUGUAGAAAUGAGACAGGGUACUAAUUUUUAUACUUUUUUAUAAAAAUAUUUAUAUUGUCGGUGCUCCAGUCGCCAGUUUCUAGAUAAGAUGACUUACAGCCUUUUUUUUCCUGUGUUUAGUAACAACAUUGUAUAAUGACCCCACUUUUAGGAAGCUUGGUGCAUUGUUCAGAAGUUCUGAGGUCUAAAAAGCCCUUUUAGACCUCAGAACUUUCUGGAAUCAUAACUGGUGAGUGAGGGUCUCUUAAAAGGGAAAAAUACAUUUCCUAGUCAACUGACUAGCAUAGUAGCUUCGAGAAAAUCCCAUGCCAUCAGUCCUGCAGCCCAAGGAACAGACAUCCCAGCUGGCUAGAACUCGUUACCGUCACCUGUGUCCAUGGUGCGGUGCUUGAGGGAUGCUGGAGAGUCGUCGGGUCCCUGGCCAGCUGUGGCAGAGCCUGGGCAGGGCCCGCAUGACCCACAUAGAGCAAGGGAGCGGCUGCUGCCUGUGCCAGGGCACCAGAAAGACUGUAGACACUCAGACAGGGCUGCCCGGGCAGUGAUGGGCUGACAGUUGUCCGUUUUCUCUCGGUGUGAGCAGAAUGACUGCUGAGAGAAAAGCAAGUGCUCCUCGGUCCCUGAUCUCACCGAAGCUCAGGUCAUCUAAAGAGAGGUGCGCGCCGACACGUGGAUUCCUUUAUUAAGUAUGAAAAGCUAGAGGAAAGGUGUGUCCUGUCUCUGUAACGCCACCUCACGGCCCUGUAGUUCAUCUUGUUAGAAGGAACAAGCUUACCAAAACAGGGUUUCUGCAGUCUACCUAGAAAGGCGCCACAGCUGCGCGUUUCCACCCCGCCACAGACGCCGGUGCUGGGGAAGGCUGGAAGUUCAGCAGAAGCACACCAAAACAGGGAACGCACCACGAGUAUUUGCGUAGCCUGGGAAUUCUUUUUUUUUUUUUU